AUGGUUGAAAUCACAAUAAUUGGCUCUUUAAACUAUGAUUUGGUGACCUUUACGAAAAAGGUUCCUGAUGCUGGAGAGACUUUUCAAGCCAAUCUGUUCGAAAAUCAUCUCGGAGGAAAAGGAUUGAAUGAAGCAUUGGCAGUUUCAAGGUUGACCGGCAAGAACCAAAGUAUCAAUGUUCGUAUGAUAGGCAAUGUCGGUGAUGAUUCAUUUGGAAAAGAACUCAAACAAUCCCUAGUGGAUCAAGGGGUCGAUACUACACAUAUAAAGACUUUGAAAGGCAUUUCAUCUGGAGUUGCUGUCAUUAUGGUUGAAGAAAAUGGUGAAAACAGAAUUUUGAUUACUGCUGGUGCCAAUGGUGAGUUAAAACCUAGCGACGAAGAUUAUAAGCAUUACUUUCCAAGAAAUGAGAGAGGAAAUUUUGUUGUUUUGCAAAAUGAGUAUCCGGACACAGCAAAAACAGUUGAAUGGUUGAAACAUAACCGUCCAGAAAUUAACAUUGCAUACAAUCCUUCCCCUUUCAAGCCAGAAAUACUUGACAAAAGGUUCUUGGGAUACAUAGAUUUGCUCAUUGUCAAUGAAGGAGAAGCAUUAGAUGUGGCCACCAAUUUGUUACCUCCGAAAGACCAUGAGAUAUUUCAAGAUACCAUAAAAAACGAUAGAAUUGAUGGGUUUCAAAAAGUUGCUGAAAAGCUUCGAACAAUGUUGAAUCAAGAGAAUGUUUGUAUUGUGAUUAUCACCAUGGGAAGCUUAGGUUCAAUUGUCACAUCUAAGUCGUCGGAGUCAACUUUCCAUAAAUCCAGAAAAGUUAAGGAAGUUGUUGACACAACUGGAGCUGGGGAUACAUUCUUUGGGGCUGUGGUUCUGCAGCUAGCUCUUGGAUCCGAUAUCGAUAGAGCCAUCACUUUUGCUACCGUUGCAAGUAGCUUGACCAUUCAAAAGAAAGGAGCUGCGGAAAGUAUCCCUACAUUUGAUAUUGUUAGUUCAAAUCUAUAG